UUCUUCAGGCGCAGUUAACUGGGAGUUUAUGGAGGCUGCAGCCGUGGAAAAUGAAGAUCUCUCUGGUGUUCGCUCUCCUGACCCGAGCACUGUUUGGAGAUAUAUGCUUGGCCAUCAAUGCCACCAUCACACCCUUCCCGUUCACAGUUGCUCAAGAAGGUCAGAAUAUCACUCUCACCUGUGUCGUGUCGCAGCGACGCCGCAAUGCAGCUUUGCCAGUUGUUAAAUGGACCUUUCUACCAGCGGGCACAGAUCGACCAGAGGACGAACUCCUCAUCGCCCGUGUCAACAUGAGGAAAGCUCGUUUCUAUGGCAACUACACAAAGAGUUUCCCAUGGCCUAAGAUGAAGCUGACGGUGCUGAAGCAAGGAAAGAUCUUCGAGCUGCUGAUCUUGAACGUGUCCGAGGGGGACCAGGGGCUCUACAUGUGUCGGGUGCAGGAAUUUAAAAGACACCAGGAACGUUGGAAGUCCUCAUCCAACUGCACUGCAGCUACUGAGCUCAGAGUGCAUCUUCUACCGGCCACCAAGGCUAAAGAAAGCCUGUGGAGUUUGUUUGAAGAUGUGUACCUGUGUGCAGUGUUGAUCUGCUCAGUGGGUCUGCUGUGCAUGUGCAUGUUCACCGUGACGGUAACCUGCCAGUUCAUACAGAGGAAGCAGAGACUAAAAGAUAAUUACCACUUGGUCAAAAGUCCACAAAACAGCUCAGGGGAGACAGUCACCAGUGUGGUCAGUGUUUCUCCUGCUCUACCAAAGAAGGAGAGGAGGUACAGAAAGAAAAGGAGUAGAGACUACCAGGAGGAGAAACCACCAGAGAUACCAGCAAAAGCUCCCAUUGGAGAUAAAACACGCAAGCCCAAACUUUUAAAACCUCAGCCAAGGAAAGUAGUAUUGCCGAGGAUAGUGGAGGAGAAUCUGACGUAUGCAGAACUGGAUCUGGUGAAGCCGAUUCCAGAGACAAAGGCUUCACGUAGUGGGACUGUAUAUGCUCAGAUACAGUUUGGAGAGCAGCAGCUAUGAGAAAAACACAUAGACCACUAAUAACUGUGCCUUCUGUAAAAAGUUUUGUCUAUUUAUAUUAAGUGUUGUACUGCUUUGUAUCCAAAUGGGUUGUGAAGGACAAUGUGUAUGUUCUUAGAAGUAUUACACAAUUGUAUAUGUGAUUUUAUAUAAAGUAUAGCUGCAUUUUACUUAAAAAGGACACAUUUUUAUAUUGGAGUAUUGUUUAGUUUUUGUUCCCAUGCUUGAAUACUGUGUAGCCUAAACUGGAAAAACCCAACACAUGAGUUUUGUGGAGAUUUAAGACCUGAUUUGUCCAGUUAGUGGCAGAUCGAUAGCAGGAACAUCAUCAGACACCAUGGAGGCCAUAGUCUUUCUGGGUACCCUGUUUGUUCUGCCUCUUUCUUCUUCCUUCAACCAUCCAUCCCUUGAACAAAUUAUCAGGCUUAAAAGACUUGAGGUUUUAUGAUUUUGCAUCCUAACCAGGAUAAUCUGCAUUUAACUGUUGUUUCUAGUAAGUUACUGUUUAAAUGAUCUAUUUAUGCUUAAUCUAAGAAGGUCAUCGAUGGUCUAUGAGCCUCUGGAAGCAGUGGUUGUUGGGGCCAGUUGAAAUCCAGAUAACAUCCAGAUUAAUCCAGGUUAUCUGCACAGACUCGAUAUCCUAACUUCUGGAUAAUGUUUCUACUCUCAAACUAUAGGAGCAAC